AUGGAUGCGGAACGGUUUCAACAGUUCCCCGUCGUUUCGCACGCUUUCUGGCGACUUCCAUCCACAAGGGUGGCCCCUGCAGGAUACACGGACAUGCCAAGCAUGUCGGAAGGAGAGCAACCCACCGGACUCGACGGUGUCACGAAACGACGCUGCGGUAGACUCAACAAAAAACCACUCGACGAAGACAAUGAUCAGUCGACCGCAACAACUACUGGUAACGAAAGCAGACCUGGUUUGCAACCAAGAGAAGCAAAAGUUGAUCAGGACGCCUGCUUGGUGCAGGAGGUGGUCGAAAUCCAACCUGACCCAAUUGCAGACAAGAAGUCUUCUGUCAAAGGAGGACUUUACUUUGCGAAUAUUGAAACGAACCCAACGCUUUCCAAAAUAACCGGAGAACCCCGAAGCGGCAUCGGUGCACAUCUAACACCCACCAAGAAGAGGAGGAAGAACAAGAAUGGAAUUGGUUACAACUAG